AUGGAGUUGACGUUCAUGAACGAUCUGGGGCAGAGCUUUGUCGUUGAGAUUGAUGAGAAUAUGGAGUUGGAGAAUGUUAUGGCUUUGCUUGAGGCAGAGUCAGGCAUCCCAGCUUCUGAGCAGAGCAUCUCGUACAAUGGACGCGAGCUCAGUAAUCCCAAAUCUACGAUUCGGCAGUUGGGAGUUGAAGGGCAGUCUGCGAUGCUGUUUUUGAGGAGGAAGGUGGCUACCGUUCAGGGAGGAACGAUGGAACAAGACGCUGAAAUGAUGCGUCUCCAAAUGCUCGGAGAUCCACAGCUAAUGCAACAGCUUCGUGAGCAACAACCAGACCUCGCCGACGUAGUCGAGAACCACCCCUCCCGCUUCGCCGAGACCAUGCGCGCCAUGCGUUCGCAAAUGGACACAGUGAACAGAAACGCUGCUAUCGAGCGUCUCAACGCCAACCCGUUCGAUGUGGAAGCGCAGCGAAAGAUCGAGGAGGAGAUUAGGAUGCAGGCUGUUGCUGAGAACAUGACGCAUGCGCUGGAGUAUAGUCCAGAGUUUUUCGGGAGGGUGCACAUGCUUUAUAUCAAGGUGGAGGUGAAUGGACAUCCUGUGAAGGCUUUUGUGGAUUCGGGUGCUCAGUCGACUAUCAUGACCCCUGAAUGCGCCGAAGCUUGCGGAAUAAUGCGGUUACUCGACUCGCGGUUCGCAGGUGUCGCUCACGGUGUUGGAACAGCCAAGAUUCUUGGACGGAUCCACGCAGCGCAGCUCAAAGUGGCCGACAUUUUCCUUCCUUGCGCGUUCACCAUCAUGGAGGGCCGCACAGUCGACCUCCUCUUUGGACUGGACAUGCUCAAAGCGCACCAGGCUAUCAUUGACCUCAAGAAGAAUUGUCUGAUUAUCCAGGACCGCGAGGUACCCUUCCUACCUGAACAUGAGCUCCCCGAAAAGGCGCGUGAUAUGCCCCUGGAAGAGGAUGUGUCGGGUGGACCGUCGACUGCGGGGCCUUCGUCUGCUGGGGGGUCCAUUAGCAACCCUGCUGCAAGGAACAUGUCUGGCGGGAGUUUCCCGAGUGGGGAAGGGAGAACUUUGGGUGCUGCGCCUGCUUCUAGGACACCCGGGGGAGGGGGAACGAGUCAGCCUCCGGCGCAGGCGAGCAGGUUCCCUGAGGAACAUAUCAAGACGAUUAUGGACUUUGGAGUGUCGAGGGAGAUGGCGAUUAGUACGUUGGAAGCUGCUGGUGGAAAUUUGGAUGUUGCUGCUUCUUUGUUGUUCUAA